CUUUCCUGCUCUCCUCAGCCUGCACCGAGACCACAAGAGAGGAGGGGGGGGAGGAACUUUGACCGGCGCUCCAGUGCUAGUUAGCAGCCACCUAGCUGUGUUUCUGUUAUUAUUUUAUUAUUAGUUUGUUGUUUCACAUGCAGAGAGAUGUGGUUUAUUUAUUUACUCAGCUGGCUGUCGCUGGUCAUCCAGAUAUCCUUCGUCACUCUCGCGAUAGCUGCUGGCCUGUACUACUUGGCAGAACUAAUAGAAGAAUACACAGUAGCCACCAGUCGAAUAAUAAAGUACAUGAUAAUGUUCUCGACAGGUGUGCUGGCAUGUCUCUACAUUUUUGAAGGCUUCCCAGUGUUGAUGGUGGGAGUCGGCCUCUUCACCAACCUGGUGUACUUUGGCCUCCUGCAGACUUUCCCGUACAUACUGCUGAGCUCCCCGAACUUCAUCCUCUCCUGUGUGUUGGUGGUGGUGAACCAUUAUAUGGCCUUCCAGUACUUUGCACAAGAGUAUUAUCCAUUCUCAGAGGUGCUGGCAUACUUCACCAUCUGCCUGUGGGUGAUCCCCUUCGCCUUCUUUGUGUCACUGUCAGCGGGGGAAAAUGUGCUACCGUCCACCAUGCAACAAGGAGAUGACGUGGUGUCUAAUUACUUCACUAAGGGCAAGAGGGGGAAGAGGUCCGGGAUCCUUCUCGUGUUCUCUUUCCUCAAGGAGGCAGUGCUGCCCAGCCGACAGAAAAUGUACUGAGGAGCUCAGACUCGGGGUGCAGCCUCGCCAUCGGGGGUGUGCGUGUGUGUGUAUGUGUCGGCGAUUUAAGGGGGAAGCAGGAAGGACAAAGGAAAUUUGUUUCUGGAUGGAACUAAAAUGAAGCAGUGGCCGAAGUGGAAGAAGAGCACACGAAGAGGACGGACCAAUGAACAGAACAGAGCUUCCUGCUGGACGAGCCCACGAGUUUACACAGGCCAUGUUCCUCUCUUAUUUUUUUUUUUUUCCUGUCUGUCUGUACUGACAACAACAUCUAAUAGAGACCUCACUGAGAGGAUCUUGUCUGUAGCGCAGUGCUUUCUAAUUGUCACGUUGGACUCCAUUUUUUAAGCUUUGGUAUUAAAGUAUGUACGUGCAGGGGUCUGAAAUUAACAACCACCAAAUACCUGUAAAUUUUGACUUUGGCAGAUAAAUCCUUAUCAUUUUUCUUCUUGAGAUGACAUCUGCUGUCAUUUGUGUGUUGUAGUUUCUCACACUUCAUCUGAUUCAAUACACAAAGUAGCAUUAGGAGACGAAAUACAGAUGAAGAAAGCGGGUUGAGGAUAAAUCAGACAGCUUAGUGGUACUUUCUGGAUAAAUUCUGGUGUCAGAGCUUGGAUUUUGGUGUGAAGCGAUCCUUGAAAGGAAACAAAAAGUGUUUUUAUGUGGCAAACCAGCUGCAGGAGAAAAUGCCUUCGGUCACCACAGAAGCGCUUAUUAAGAUUACUUUAAUUGAGAAAUGGAAGUCUAAAGUUUAAUUGUAAGGAGGCAGUGUGUGAUCUAUGGAGACGUCCUGUUCCAAAUAUAAUGUCUGACGUGGUACAAAUACUCUGCCCGGUUGCAUCACAUCGGUGAAAAGGAGGUUAAUAAAGGCACUUAGAAAGGAUUACUCCAUAAUUAAACACCCUUAAAUCCGACGUGGCCACAAAAACGAUGCACUUUUCUUUUUUUUUUUAUCUCUUGCAUCUACACUUUAAUUAAUCACCAGCGCUGUAGUCUGCAACAUGCCUGUCUUUUCUGGGCAAUUUUUAAAAAAUUCAAAGUAAUAACAAACUGACAUUUUUUUUUUUGUACAUUGAUUGUUCGGUUAACGCGACAUCAAAGACAAAUGGAAACCCUUCUGAAGAUCGAACCUGUGCAAUGACUCUUGUAAGCUUACAGUUGUCGGGGACAAAAGCUGCUCAAAGCGGUUUGAUGAGAGUACUAUUAAAGAGGCUGAAAUUCCUUUUUACCAAUUACUGAGUGCGAUUUAUUGGUUGGUAUGCACACCAAGUGUAUAAUAAAAUAAAAGCGAUUUUAAUGAAAAAAUGCUGAUGAAAUUAUUCUUUUCACAGGUUGGUGUUCAAGGAAAUAAAAGGCCAAAAUAGA